CUUCGGUUACAGAUUCGUUGGUCGCCAGGGAUGCGCUUACUUGCGAAGAUUGUCGUGGUGUACUGCACCUUAGUGUCGCUAGUCGUACUGUCCAUGCUAUACUACUACCAGGCAAUCGACUUCAACUCCAACCUCCAGUACAGCAUGGCGAUCAGCACUGAACUCCGCGAGAGAGCGCUGCAGAGUGGUCACGACACGUGGGACAGAAGCCUGGAAAGUCUCGCGAGACUGUGGAACGAGAGCCUAGCGGGACUGCCCAGGAUCGAGAUCAAGAUCAGGAGUAGAUGGCGCUGGCCGUUCUCUUCUACAAGUCAUCCUGUCAUGACGAGAAUAGAGCAGCACUUCAACAUGACAAGAAUAUACGCCAUGCAGAAAAUCAGCAGAAACUACUUCAACCCCAUCAGACACGUCAUAGACUACAGGGACCUUGAGGCGUUUAAAAGAGACUGUAACAUCAAGUCUUUCACCAUGAAAAACUCCACGGGCGAGAACCGCAAAACCUGUGACGUAGUACGCACUCCCAUCACACAUUACCGGACAUGCGCAGUGGUGGGCAGCGGAGGGAUACUUCUCAACAGCAGCUGUGGUGCGGAGAUCGACGCGCACGACUUCGUGAUCCGGUCUAACCUGCCGCCAACGGUCCCCUUCAGUAAAGACGUGGGGAGGAAAACGAACUUUACUGCGGUGAACCAUGCGAGGCUUAUAGCCGUCCGGAGGGCGCUGAAAGCCAGAAACCCGGCCAUAAGAGCGGCCAUGUUGGCACGUUUGAGCUCGUCCCCAGGCAUGGUGUUCGGUUACUCGCUGAGUUUGCCGGACAGCAAAAAGAACUCACGAUACCUGCACUCUGUCUACAUGAUAACGAAGGAACAUAACGUCCCUGUGAUUCCUGCUUUCUCCCACCAGUCCUACAUGUCGUCCAAAGGAUUGUGGUCCAAAAUGGGAGGCAGGAGAUGGACUCUUCCGUCCACCGGUCUGAACGUGUUUGGUCUCGCCUCGACGUUCUGCGACCGGAUCUCGAUGUACGGGUACUUCCCCUUCCCGGACGUCGAUGGGAGACCCAUCCCCUACCAUUAUUACGACGGCGUCAAAAAGCCCCACUCAGCGCACAAGAUGAAGGGAGAGUUCGACAUGUUUCAGAAGCUCCACCGCCAGGGCUUGCUCAGACAUGUUGUGGACAAGUGUGAUCCUACGUUAUAAUGGUCCGCAAUGAAUAUGCGCUAGGAAAGUGCAAUACCAGUCGUUGCUACAAGGGGGCGUAAGUGAGUUGGGGUUCAAAUCUCCAGGGUUUGCUAGAUCGUGUGGAAGCGUUCUGACCAGUGACAAGAUGAAGGGAGAGUUCGACAUGUUUCAGAAGCUCCACCGCCAUGGCUUGCUAAGACAUGUCGUGGACAAGUGUGACCCUACCUUAUAAGUGCCCAGAAAUUGAGUGCAACGUCUUUUAAAUGUAAUCGAAGAUUUCAGACUACCUAAUUUGCAUCUUCUCCAUUUUCUUUCGAAUGUCGUCCUUCAAGUAAACUGCAGAAACAAGCCCCAAGAUGAGUCUAUUAUUUUCUGGGUGGUACCCAAAAAA